GAUUUAUUUCUAAGGCAGCCCUGUGCCGUGCAAGGUCUGUACCUUUAUCAUUAGUGAACGUGGUUGGGGUCUGAACAAAGACAGGGUUGACAUUCAGCCUGGAUCUUCUGACCCUUUCAUUUAAGUGGAGUGGAGACUGAACAUGAGUUUACAGUGCUCUUUGGUAAGGAAAAAAACCAGCAACCUUUGUCUGUGUUGGCAGACAGAUUAGUAAACACGUUGCUAAAAUACUGCAGGUACUUACAUACUAAGUUGUUUUUUUAAAUUAGUUGUUUUAUUUAUGCUAUAUGACAUAUUUACUGAAGGUUGGCCACAACAAGCUCUUGUGGGAAACAAGAAAGCAACAUCUUGAGUCAUGAAAGGAUUCAGUCACUUUCCUUGAAGGUGGUGCUGUAGUGAAAAUGUUAAUGCCCAAUUUUGCAUCGGCUGACACAGGAGUCCUAGGACAGAGCUGGCAUUUGCUUGGUGCUCAGUGCCGCUGUCCAUCCAGCCUCUGAAGAGACAAGGAUGUGGAUCCACAAUGGGGAGGGAAGAAGCAUGUCCCGUCUGUCUCUGACACGCUCCCCGGUUUCUCCUCUGGCUGCUCAAGGAAUUCCUCUCCCAGCUCAACUCACCAAGUCCAACGCUCCCGUGCACAUCGAUGUAGGAGGACACAUGUACACCAGCAGCCUGGCCACCCUCACCAAGUACCCAGACUCCAGAAUAAGUCGUCUGUUUAAUGGCACAGAGCCUAUUGUCUUGGACAGUUUAAAGCAGCAUUAUUUCAUUGAUCGAGAUGGGGAGAUUUUCAGAUAUAUAUUAAGCUUCCUAAGGACAUCUAAGCUACUGCUCCCAGAUGACUUUAAGGACUUUAAUCUUUUAUAUGAAGAAGCAAAGUAUUACCAGCUGCAGCCAAUGAUUAAGGAACUUGAGCGAUGGAAACAAGAGAAAGAACAAAGGAAACAUUUCCAGCCUUGUGACUGCUUGGUUGUAAGAGUGACUCCAGAUCUGGGGGAGAGGAUUGCACUGAGCGGGGAGAAGGCUUUGAUAGAAGAGAUCUUCCCGGAGACGGGGGAUGUCAUGUGCAACUCGGUGAACGCGGGCUGGAACCAGGACCCCACGCACGUUAUCAGGUUUCCCUUGAAUGGAUACUGCCGCCUGAACUCCGUGCAGGUGCUCGAAAGGUUAUUUCAGAAGGGAUUUAACGUGGCAGCUUCCUGUGGUGGUGGGGUGGAUUCCUCCCAGUUCAGCGAGUACGUGCUGUGCCGUGAAGACAGACGACCACAACCCACCCCAACAAUCAGAAUAAAACAGGAGCCCCUGGACUAGACCCUCCCUGUCCCCCUUUGUAACCGUAGAAGUGUUUAAUAGUCCCUUAUGUGAAACACUAAGGAUUUGCAAAACAGUAUUAGCAAACAGAUUUGGACUUUCUGUUGCCCAUUAGUGGUACUCUGAAACUACCUGUCACACAGCCAGCCAUGGAAUGCAUCUGGAAAUCCAUUGCCUGUCCUUCAGGGUGGAGUUCCUGAGCACACCCAGCACGGCAGGGCUGGGAUGGACUUGGGGCUGACCAGCAGUGCUGUGGGACAGGCAAAGCUUUGGAAACCCUGGCCCUGGCCUGGACUUCUGCAGCAAGAGCCAUGGAAGCAGUGGAAGGGACCAGCAGGAGCCCAGGGACAGCCAGAGCUGCGCUGCAGGGACGGGGCAUCUGCGGGAGGAAGAACCCCAAAAACUGCACUGAGAACCUUCCCUGACUGCUGCCCCUCCUCCACAUCAGACACCCCAGCACCAGUCCCCUGGUGAUUGUAGUCACCCACAUGAGCAAAUGGCUUAUUUUUAUACUACAUUUCCAGCUGAGGUCUCUCUCUGUGAACAGGAUCCAGAACCAGAACAGGACUGAUUCAUAGUCACUGGUGCUCAGUACUUAAACCCCCCACAAACCAAACAAAACAAGUGACAAGAAAUUAGACAGGCCCACUUAUGGCAAUAUUUGCAACAGUAGGGAUCUGGAAGCACAAAAUAAAAUGUCAUCCACCAUCACACGAGGGUCACAUACCCCACAAGGAGCUGUAGCUCUUUUAAAGCCAAUCUUGUUUUGCCACAACAGUUGAUAAGUUUUGCAUCAUCAAAGAAGUGUGGUUCUACCAAACAAGCCACCCCUUGUUAAUCAUUUACUAACCAUGUUAGAAGCCCACAUUUAGCAGGAAAGUUUAAGAAUUUUGGACAAGCCCACUCUUUAUGGGUCUGGAAUUCUUGCCAAGAGUUGUUAAAACCCUGUAUUGCCAUUGCCAGAUGAAAGCAGGACGUCGUCAGUUUAAA